GGCAGAGCGAGCAGCCAUGGCGCGGGCGGGGCGGGCGGCGGCGGCGCGGCGGGGCAGCCCCGGCGCCACCAGUAGCACCAGCAGCACCGGUAGCACCGCCGCCAGCCGCCCCGCACAGCUCCUGUAGCCGCGGCGGGGGCCCCGCGGAGCUGGCGAGCCGGGGCUCGGCGGCGGCAGGCGGCGGCGGCGGCGGCGGGGGGCCUCAGCAGGCGGUGGCCGCCCCGCCGCCCAAGAGGAUGAAGAAGCGCAAGGAGCUGAACGCCCUGCUGGGGCUGGCCGCCGACGGGCGCCGCAAGAAGGCCGCCAAGAAGGGCUCCGGGCACCGGCUGCUGCGCACCGAGCCCCCCGCUUCCGACUCGGAGUCGAGCUCCCCCGAGGAGGAGGAGGAGGAGGAGCUGGGGGGGCCGCGGGGCCGCUUCGCCAAGGGAGACUAUCUGCGAUGCUGCAAACUCUGUUACCCGUUAUGCGCUUUUGUCAUUCUUGCUGCCUGCGUGGUGGCUUGUGUUGGCUUGGUCUGGAUGCAGGUAGCUCUCAAGGAGGAUCUGGAUGUGAUAAAAGAGAAAUUUCGAACUAUGGAAUCUAAUCAAAAGACGUCGUUCCAAGAAAUUCCUAAACUCAAUGAAGAUUUGGUGCAGAAGCAAAAGCAGCUAGAACAAAUUGAGACUGGAGAACUGGGGCUAAGUAAAAUUUGGAUAAAUAUCACGGAGAUCAAUAAACAGAUUUCCCUAUUGACCUCAACAGUAAAUCAUCUCAAAACCAACAUAAAGUCCGCUUCUGAUCUGAUUUAUCUUCCUGUCACGGUAGAGAAACUUCAGAAGACUGUGGCGAACAUAGGUAGCACUCUUACCAGCGUUUCUCAUGAUGUUGAAAACAUACAGACAGCUAUUGAAGAAUACAAGAAAUCCAUAGAAAUACUCCAGAAUGAAGUGAAGGAACUGAAACAGCUAACUUCAUUUCCUUCCACUGUUCUGCCAAGGACUGAGAGAAAUCAGACAGAAAAUUGCAAACAGGAAAGCCAGUCACUCCAUGCAGCUUUGGAGGAGCUAAAUAAUUCUGUAGUGGUGUACCAGAAGUUGAAUGAUAUCAAGCUUCUAAAUGUGGAUUCAGCCAUUGGUAACCUCAGCCGGAGGGUUAUGCUGUUGGAAAACUCUCCCGUUGCUGUGAAUAAACUGGACAAAAGAGACAACUUGUCUACCAGUGCGGGGAAUGAUACAACUACCUCUCUAAAAGUGGAAAAUGAAGAUCAACUAGAUAAUGAAACACAUUCAAAUAAAGAACUGAAGGAACCAGGAACCAGAGAUUCUCAGGUAUUAAAACUAAGAGAGAAGCUUCAGCUGAUCAGUGCUCUCACAAGCAAACCAGAAGAUGACCGUCCCAUUGAGGCAUCAAAGAAUGUUGAAAGUAGUUUGAGUACUACGGCAAAGCCCACAGACCUUUCAAGGCUGACUUCAAGGUCAGCUGAUGACAACACAGAGAAGAACGGACAGCUGAGACAUCUGUCCUUGCCAGAAAUUUCCAGCAUAGAAGAUCUUCAGAAUUUGUUUGAAAAAGCACCUGAAGAUGCUGACGGAAAACUGUCUUUUGAAGAUCUUCAAAAGCUGCUUGGCUCUAUAGCCCAGGAUUCAGAGAUCUUGAAGAAAUUUGACACAGAUGGAGAUGAGAAAUACUCAUUACAAGAACUGAGAUUAGCUUUAGGUAUAUAGGAGAUACAUAUAUUUAGAAAUGUGAUAUUGAUGGACGCUACUGUAGCUAAAGGAAACUACGGGAUAUGAAAAAAACUGUCUGCACUUUCCCAGUGUUUUACUGAUCUUUGGAGUGAAAUUACUGUACACAUUGCCACUUUUUUUCCUUUUAUUGAAAACAAAUUACAAGUUUAGAUGUCGACAGGACAUAAUAUUGGGACUGUUAAAAUCCAGAAAAUUCCCACACUUGUUUAGAUGCUUUUCUUGGUCAUUCUUUCCAAGGGAGUUCUUGUUUUUAAUUUAAAAUACAAAAAUAAAACUAUGGUUUUAUAUUUCA